AUGGCGGAGCCACCAACAGACCAGAACGUGCAUGAGUGCGGGCUACGGCUGGCGUCGGAUCUAGGCAAGGUGAACGAGUCGAACGUGUUGUACGAGUUGUACGAGUUGUACGAGUUGACUCAAGUGGAGAUCCUGUCGAUUCUUCACUUUCUACUUCUCGUGCUGUUCGCCGUCGUUGCAACAUCAGACGGCAUCGCGGCCACUGAAAACAAGGUCGACACCCAGCAGACCAACAUCCGUAGCGUGCUUGCGACGGAAAAGGGCACGAACAUUAAGUCUGUGGAGGGCGACAAGUCCAUCAACUCCAAGAGCGAGGACAGGGGAAUUAACUUCUCCUCGAUCCUAUCGAAGCUGAAGGUCAAGGCUCUUCCCAGUAACGCCAAAACCGCCGGCCUCGGCAACAAGCUCAACAGCUUGCGCAAAGAUCCGGAUGUUGGGACGGACGGAAAAGAUGGCUGCGAGAAAGCACCUCUGGGGACGCAGGUGUACGAUCGGGAUGGUUUCAAGACAAAUGGGUACUUCCUGAAGAACUUUAAAGGGCACGCGUCAAAGAAGCGCCACGACUGGGCGAAUAUGAAGAUGACCGAACUUCACCCGAUGUUUUUCGCUGGCGCCGAGCAACACAUUAAUGGAACCGAACCUCCGCAAUACUACCGUCGCCGUUAUCAAUCACCCCGAUACAUUUAUUCGUAUACGGCGGGCUCCAGCUUCACCACGAGAGUUACCCAUUCGUUCGGAUAUCCUGAAAAGGGCUGGAUCAAGUUGGAGGUUGCGUACGCAGACGGCAAGUCACAGGAUCUCAUCAUGUGGGAGCAACUUACGGAUGCAGCUCGCGAGUGUCUCAAUUCGGCGGAUUUUGAGGAUACGAAGGUGCCUUUCAACGAUAAAAACUUUCAGGAAUCGCUGAAGCAAGCGUAUCCGUUUUAG